UCCCCACGGACGACCAGGUUUUAAAGGGACGGGGACGGAAACCAGGCCCCUCAUCAGCCCAGGCGGCCCCUGUUGAAGCUGUUUCAGCGCGGAUCAUCGCCUCCAUCGCCAUAUCCCUGCUCGCUCGCUAGCCCCGCCAUCGCCGUCGUCCGCCAUGACGAAGGGGACAGGCAGUUUCGGUAAGCGCCGGAACAAGUCGCACACUCUGUGCAGGCGCUGUGGGCGGAGAAGUUUUCACAUUCAGAAGAGCCGUUGCUCGGCAUGUGCUUACCCUGCCGCUCGCGUUCGCUCUUAUAACUGGAGCGUGAAGGCCAUUAGAAGGAAAACCACUGGAACAGGGCGCAUGCGCCAUCUUCGCCACCUUCCUCGUAGGUUCAGUAACAAUUUCAGAGAAGGUACACAGGCCGCUCCCAGGAAGCAGGUUGCUGCCACCUAGACUUGAGUGGGUUUCUGCAUAUGAUGUGAAACAUUUGUUUACGGAGGGUAAUCCCCUGAUCCCGUGAAACAGAAUUUUGAUGACACCAAUGCUGUGUUUCUAAUGAUGUAGUAGUUAUGUGGUCAGAUUAUUUUCAUAAUUGGACUAUUUUCUUUUGGAUCAUCACUCUUUCUGUUUCGUUUAGUCGUUCAAGACUCUGGAUGUAUUCUAUGGCAUGCACCAAAUAAUCUGUGAUGAGCUUGUUCGUUUA